AUGGACCACUCAAACGACCAAACCCACGACAACCCCUUCAGUGGUUCUACAAACCCCUUUGACGGCACUGCCGUCGGCUCUCCUCCUCUAGCCAAUGAGUCGCCUAUUGCCGCCGGUAUGAAGAAGGACCGACGAAUGAGUGAUGAAUGGGAUGCUGCCAAGACUGUCCCUAGCCAAUUCCAAAAGCGCAAGGGCUCAAUCUAUGCCACCCCCAGCUCGCGCGAUGGCCACAUCGACAGGAAUCGCCAGGAGAAGUACUAUGAAAAGAUUGCCGAGAAGUACAGUCAUGUCAAGAAUGCUCUCGACAACCGACGAUGA